AUGAAGUCACUACUUACAAUCCUGUCACACGUUGCACAUGGCUACGUUGGGAAUCGAGCGAUUACUUUUCCUUUGCAAUAUAUGGGAUGGGAUGUUGAUGCAAUUAAUACAACAAAUUACUCAAACCAUCCAGGGUACGGUUCGCUCCAAGGUUCCGCAGCAACUGUUGAAUCUACCAAAGAUGUCUUACGAGGAUUGAAUGAGGUGAUGGGGUUGAGUGUAUUUGAUCUAAUAUUAACUGGAUAUUGUCCCAAUGCAGACGUGCUUCUUGCAGUCAAAGAUGAAAUCACUAAAGUGAUUCAACAAAAUCGACAGGACAACAUUAGCACUCCAAAAUGGAUAGUUGAUCCCGUGUUGGGAGAUAACGGGAAAUUAUACGUGCUGGAUCAACUCAUACCAGUAUACAGAGACAUAUUGUCGACCGGACUUGUUUCCUUAAUUACUCCUAAUCAAUUUGAAUUUGAAACAUUGAGUGGUUCAAAGAUUACCAGUUGGGAUGAUUUGGUGUUGGCUUUAAGGGAUUUUGCAGACACGUAUCAUGUUGAGAAUAUAGUGAUUUCAUCUGUAAAUGUUGCAGGUCGACUAUAUUGUGUUGCAUAUUCACAUGGAGAGUUGCAAAAAACCGCUAUAAAUCAAAUUAGUUGCGAUUUCAAUGGCUGUGGUGAUCUCUUUACUGCAUUGGUUGCUAAUGAUUUCUACAAGAGUGGUUACAAGAUCACCGAAAAACUGAUCGAAACCGUGCUUGACACCUUGCAUAAUGUGCUCCAACUAAGUUACGAAAUUGAAUCGGAAAAGUUGGCUUUGAAACCAAAAGUAGUGAAAGAUAUAAGGAUUGUUGCUGCCAAACAGUAUUUUCGAGAUGACUCUGAGUAA